UCCUCAGCACUUCUCUUGAAACUUAUAUAUAGCUUUCGCUUUUCAUUCCCAGUAUCAGACACAGUUGAUUUGAAGAAGAGAUUCAGUCAGCAACAACUUUUGAUCAAAAGGAGAAGAGAUAAAGAUAGCAAUAACGAUGUCUCUAAUCCCUAGCUUCUUCGGUGGUAAACGAAGCAACGUCUUCGACGACCCUUUCUCUCUGGAUAUAUGGGACCCUUUUGAGGGGUUUCCCCUUUCAGCUACUCUGGCCAACCUCACUUCCUCCGGUGAUGAAAGCAGCGCCAUAGCCAACACUCGCGUGGACUGGAAGGAGACGCCGCAGGCUCACGUGUUCAACGUGGACCUUCCCGGGUUGAAGAAGGAGGAGGUGAAGGUGGAGGUGGAAGAUGGGAAGGUGCUGCAGAUCAGUGGAGAGAGAAGCAGAGAGAAGGAAGAGAAAGAUGAUAGAUGGCACCGCGUUGAACGAAGAACUGGGAAAUUCAUUAGAAGGUUCUGGCUUCCCGAGAAUGCUAAAGUAGAUCAGGUUAAGGCUGCUAUGGAGAAUGGGGUGCUCACUGUUACUGUUCCUAAAGAGGAAGAGAAGAAGCCUGAGGUCAAAUCGGUUAAAAUUUCUGGUUAAUUAGGUCUUAUGGUUCAGAUCUCACAACCAUUUCACUUUUCAAAAAACUGUGUUCCGUUGUUUCGUGUGUUUCCGUGUUGUUUAUAUUUGUGUCAUGUUCUGUAAUGCGGUGGUUAUGGGAAGUUUGGGUGUUGUAAUUAACUUGUAAAGGCUUCUGUUGAAUGCAUGGAUAAACAGUUAUAAUCUUAAUAAGCAGAAAGUUCAUGUAUUCUCUGUCA